UAAAAUCAAGUCUUAGCGAGUUCUCUGACAUAGGACAAAGUCAUUAGCCGAAGGGAAAAGGCUUGGCAUGGGAGCGUGGGCUACCUUCCUCUUCUGACCUAGAUUCAGUGACAAAGUCCCGUGUCCUCCCCGAAAAUUACAGUUUCCAGUCAAGGAGAAAACUUGAUCAUCGGAAGAGCAGGAGAGGAGUGAAGUUACUCUUUUUCGGGGAAGAGUCCUUGCAGGAGUAAUUCAUCCCGGAUCAUUCUUGGGGGGAUCAAUGUGUAUUGUAUCGCUAAUGGCAGAACAAAGAUUACAAGCAGGACGGACAGUUUCAGGACAUCAGGACACGGGGAAGUAGCAGGUGGGAGGAAUCCGAUUUAAGAGCUAAGAGCUUCGUUGCCUCUAACGACCCGGUGUAAGAGACUUGGGGGUUUCAAGAAGUAGUUUAUUAUUAUUCUGACGGUAGCGGUUUCUCCUCAUUUGUAAGACAAUGAUGUUUAAUAUUCACCGAGGAGUAGUGAGGUGGUAUUUGAAGCCCACUCCCCGGCGCCAAGGGCAGCCUUCCCAUUCGCACAUUGCUGCGGCUGCCGGGCUGCUCUGCGCCUGCAGGGGCCAUUCCCUGCGGGGUCGCCGGGCCGAGGAUCCCGGGGGGCCGACCCCCCAUUCCCUGCGGAGCCACUCCCGCCGGGCCUGGGCCGGGCACCUCCCCGAGGGGCUGCAAAGCGACCCCAUCCUCGGGGGCGGAGGGCUAUUAAGCGACAUUUACAAACUCAACCGACUUCAGACCCCGGUGUUAGAGCAGCCGGCGGGGACGGGCGCUGCCCCACCGGCCUCGUCGCCGGCUUCACUGGGGAGGCGGGGGCUGAGCACCCCCGGGCUGCGGGCGGGCAGGGGCUAGGCACACUCGAGGCGAGAUUUAGCAGGUAUCCCAAGACCGCUUUGUUUUGCGAUUGCCAUCCAUAAAACAUCUAUGCUAAGAAUGAGAACAAAGCAGAGCCCAGGUAACUCUCGCUGCAACUGCUGGCUGGCGUUAAGGACGGGCACGCUUUCGGAUAAUCAAAAUAAUGUCUCAGCUGAUGCCAAAUAGGUCUCUUUAUCCAGCAGCUAAAUCAUUUAAAGUGCUGUUUUGGUGGUUUGGUUUCUUCGGGUUUUUUUAAAGACUCCGAAUCUACCUAAUCUUUCGCCUCCCUCUCCCUCUUUCCGUAAUUUUCCUCUCUAAGAAAAGCUUGUACGUGUUUGUAUAAAAUUCGAGCACGUUGCGGAGAAGGAGAGGGAGAGAAAGUGGGUGCGGUACAUAAAAACUAUAACACCAGGUAGCCUCAGAUAUGUGGGUGAUACGUAUAUGUUUAUUCGCACCAGAUAUUUCUACAUCUGGUAGGCAAGGCGUCGGGCUCUGCAUCUGCCCACCUCUGUGUACUCCUAUGGAAGAAACCCCUCUGAAAUCGCUUUACGUAUGCCGGUGCGUGUAUAUAUGUGCGUGCGGAUAUACAGGCAGAUAGGUAGAUAGAUUGCACUCACGUAAUCUGCUCGUGUCUAUCUAGCUGGGAGGAUUAGUUAUCUCUGCAUCUAUUGAGAAUUAACAAGGGCGAGAGAUUAUGUAUCAAGGUACAGACAACGGCUAUGAAUAUGAAACCCUACGUACAUAGGUAAGACGGAUUCAGCCAGCCACUCAGCUGCAAAGCUCUUCUUUAGGGCUGCCCUGCCUUAUUGCCUCCGAGCCCUGAGACAGUUUCCUCCGCCGGGGGUUAAGAAGGAGAAGGCUCGGCGCUGAACACCCCUGCUUUUCACAUCCGAAAAUGACAUAUGUCACCGCCGUGCCUGGACUUUGCUGGAAACCGGCAGCCUCCCCCCACCCCGCCACACACCCCUUUUGUUCCCGGCCAAAUAAACGUUUCGGAGGAGCUGGGGAAGGGUGUUACGCCAGAAGGGCAGAGGCGGCGGGAGGGCCGCGCUCCCCUCACCACCCCCCGGCCCGGAGGACGUGGCUGCGCUCCGGGAGCCCGGCGGGAAGGGGCCGGGGCCGGGCGAGGGGUGCUUCAGGACGGGGGGUCCUUGCCACGGCGGGAGCGGGGCGCUCCCCGCCCGGAGAGCGGCGCCGGGGGCGGCGGCGGCGGAGGGCAGAGCGGAGGGCUGUCGGGCCGGGCCUGCCGCACCGCCGGGUGCGGAGAAGGGGCCGCGGCUCCAGCCGGGGGACAGCAGCGGCAGGCGGGAGCUGAGGGGCGGGAGAGGGGGAGCUGGGCGGCCGAGGAGGCCGGGGCGCGGAGGCAGGGGCCGGGGCGGUGCACGGCGAGGUCUCUCCGCCGCGCAGGACCGUAUUUUGCGGCAGAAACUCUCUUGAGCGCAGACAAUGGAGCGGGAUGUUUACUGCGGGCGGGGAGACAAUUAGCAAUUCAUCGGGAGAGAUGUGUCACCCAAAUGUCACGGGGAAGCUAACAUGACAUCUGUUUUAAUGGCUCCGUGCUAAUAAACUCCUCUCGAAGGGC